AGACAGACAGAGAGACAGAGAGAGAGAGAGACAGACAGACAGACAGACACGCAGACAGACAGGUAAAACCAGGUGCCUUUCCUCAGACGAUGGACGACUACGCCCUCCCCUUCUGGAUUUACCUGGGCGUUCUCUCCGUGUUGGUGGGCGGGGCCAUGAAGAAGAUCUUGGCAUCCCACCUUGGCUCCGCCCCCCCCCUGGUGGCGUGGCUGGGCGCCACCGUGCUGGUGGAGCGCCUGUGGGCGUUCUGCCUGCCGGCGGCGCUGCUGCUGCUGCUGCUGCUGCUGCUGCUGCUGCUGGGCCUCGUCUGCUGCCUGUCCGCCGCCGGCAGGACCGGCCCGCCGGCCGCCGCCCUGCCCGCCCACGGCAAGGCCGUCCUCAUCACAGGAUGUGACUCUGGCUUUGGCAACGCGACGGCCAAGUAUCUGGACGCCAUUGGCUUCGAGGUGUUUGCCACAGUGUUGGACCUGUCAGGAGACGGAGCCAGAGAGCUGCGGAGGACCUGCUCCCCCCGACUCACCCUCCUCCAGGUGGACAUCACCCAGCCACAGCAGGUCCAACAGGCCCUGAUGGACACCAAGGCCAAACUGGGCCUCAAAGGUCUGUGGGGUUUGGUGAACAACGCCGGUGUGUGUGUGAACUUCGGGGAUAUUGAGCUGUCGCUGAUGUCAAACUUCCGCGGCUGCAUGGACGUCAACUUCUUCGGCACGCUGAGCGUCACCAAGAGCUUCCUGCCGCUGCUGCGCCAGGCCAAGGGACGCAUCAUCGCCAUCUCCAGCCCGGCCGGUGACCAACCGUUUCCCUGCCUGGCAGCGUAUGGAGCGUCCAAAGCAGCUCUCAACCUCCUGAUCAACACUCUGAGACACGAGCUGGAGCCCUGGGGGGUCCAGGUGUCCACCAUCCUGCCCUCAUCCUUCAAGACAGGCCAGUCCAGUAACCACGCCUACUGGGAGUGGCAGCACAAACAGCUGCUGCAGAGUCUUCCUCCUGCGCUGCUGGAGGACUACGGCGAGGACUACCUGAUGGAGACCAAGGAGCUGUUCCAGAGCUACGCCAGCCAGGCCAACCCCGACCUCAGCCCCGUCACGGACGCCGUGGUCCGGGCGCUGCUGUCACCGAGGCCGCAGGUGCGCUACCUGGCGGGGCCCGGCGUGGGCCUCAUGUACUUCAUCCACAGCUACUGCCCCUUCAGCGUCAGCAGCCGCUUCCUCCAGAAACUGUUCCUGAAGAAGAAGCUGAUGCCACGUGCCCUGAGGAGGCGGUCGGGCUUCGAGCUAAACCUCAGCCUCCACAACAACAACAACAACAACAACAAUGAGGAGGAGGAGGAAGAGGAACAGGAGGAGGAGCAGGAGCAGGAGCAGGAGAAGCUCAAAUAGACUGAGGACCAGGUCUGUAACGUAGAGCUGUCCUUUUUGUAUGUGCUGUUUUUAAACUCUCGAAGGGAUCAUAUUGUUUCUGUAUCUGACGCCAUGAAGCAUCAGGCUCCACCGUGGCGCCCCCCUGUGGAGGUCACGGGGGGCGGGGCCUGCUAGAGGUGACCGGUCCAGCCGCAGGUCGGUCAGAGAACUCUUCACCUCCGUGCCUUCAUCGCUCAGAGCAAAGACAGAACCAAACGCUACAGACGCUGUGAUGACAUCAGCGCCUCCUCACGUCAAAUCACAAAAAUAUUAAUAACUUUUCUACAACAAAAAGGAUCAGAAGAAGCAAAAGGUGUAAAACUUUAGCUGUAAACAACAUGAGGGGAAUGAAGGUUGUUCUUACACUGAAUACGAGUUCAUCUUCAUAACGUUAUGUUGUCUCGUGUUUCUUUAUGAUUCAAUAUUCAAACAUAUUAAAGUUAUUUUGUUCAGCUGUCACCUCUCGACUGAGGCAAACACACCGAUGUUAUAUUUGCACUUGUUGUUAUUACCAACAUUAUCUCUGGUUUUGUUCUGCCCAUGUUUUGUUUUUUAAUCAAACUAUUUAUGGCGUCUUUACGUUCAUCGUAACUGUGAAUUUUGUA